GUGAAGUUAAUAUAACGGUGUCCAACUGCAAUAUUUUUGCUUCCAACAGCCAAAACAGUGCCUCGGUGUCUUUAUAAAAUAAUAGUUUCACACUUGCCAACACACUUAAAAAUUUAAAAUGACCGAAGUGAUUGAACUGAAUGUUGGUGGCGUACAUUAUACCACCCUACUGGACACACUGCUGCAGGCGAAGUCCUCACGCCUACACGAACUAUUCAGUAAUCUAGAUGCGCUAGUGAAGGACAACAAAGGACGCUAUUUCCUCGAUCGCGACGGCGUACUCUUUCGCUAUAUAUUGGACUAUAUGCGCGACAAGCAGCUCAGCCUGCCGGAGGGCUUCCGCGAACGACAGCGCCUGCAACGCGAAGCAGAACACUUCAAAUUGGCCGGCAUGUUGGAGAGUUUGCGCAGCGGUAGCGACAUACGUCCACCUGGCUGCAUAACAAUUGGCUAUCGUGGCAGCUUUCAAUUCGGCAAAGAUGGUCUGGCCGAUGUUAAGUUCCGCAAGCUAUCGCGCAUUCUCGUCUGUGGGCGGGUGGCGUUAUGUCGCGAGAUUUUCGGCGAUACCUUGAAUGAGUCACGCGAUCCCGAUCAUGGUGGUCCAGAUCGCUAUACAUCACGUUUCUUCCUCAAGCAUUGUUUUAUUGAGCAAGCUUUUGAUAUGCUGCAUGAGCGGGGCUUCCGCUUGGCGGGCAGCUGUGGUUCGGGCACAGCGGGCUCGGUGGCGGAACCCAAGCCGGGUGUGGAUACUGAGGAGAAUCGAUGGAAUCAUUAUAAUGAAUUUGUUUUUGUGAGAGAAUAA